AGAGCCCUAAUUGAUAUAAAUCAGAUAUUUCUGUGAAUUCUUGCUGACAGAUUGGCGAGGUGUCAAGCUUUUUGUUUGAAGCUUUAGCUUUGUAGAUUCAUACAUAUUUUGUUGGCUAGGCCUUCAGGGCAUCUUCCUUCAGUAAGGUUGGUUCAUAUUAAUAUUAGUCAAGUUAAAAUUAUGAGAAAAUUUGAAAUCGGUGGUUGUUUGGUUAAGUUCAAUGUUACUGGCACUUUUAAAAUGCAUAGAAGGGUUGCUGAACCAUUUUUUCAUAUAUAUUUGUUGAGACUUGAACAAAUUCAUAGGGUCAUGAAGGUCGUGUUUGACAACUGCUCUACUAGCACACAAAGUAUUUUUGCCCUAUUUCUGUUUAUACAUCAGAUCUGGAGCAGAGAUGGUAAUAAUGGCAUCAGGAGUGUGACCUCUGGGUAGGGUGGAAGUGCAAGGAGCAUGUACCUCAUUGAUCAUUUCCUAUAUAUUCAGUUUUUAGAUCCCUGUUUUCUGUAGCAUUUCAGCAUCAUUAGCAGUUAAAAUUGAAGAUGAGGCACACUAGAAGCUCCUUGGUUCUUGCAACUUUUGUGCUCCUGUUAGUGAUGUCAGGUUUGGGGGUGCAAGGUCAAAGCUCUACUUGUGGCGUUACUUUCUUUGCAUCAAUAAUUCAGCUAAUACCUUGUAGGCCAGCGGUGGUUCCUUUUAGCCCCAUCCCACCAAGUGAGACUUGCUGCACUGCACUCAAAGCUCUAGGCCAGCCCUGCCUCUGCACGCUCGUCAAUGGCCCUCCGAUCUCUGGCGUUGAUCGCAACAUGGCAAUUCAGCUCCCCGAGAAGUGCAGUGCCAACUUUGAACCAUGUAACUGA